CUGAAGCUUGAAACUGAAGUCCUGGAUGGAAAGCCUAGGCUAAUUUUAUCUUCUUCUGAUCAAUCAAAGCCUGCAAUGAAGAUGGGUAAGAAAGCCAGAGCACCUAAACAGGCAUUGAGAAUAAGGCAUACUGGGCAUGUUCUGAGGUCAACACAAAAUGCCUGUAUCAAGCAGGAAAACUUAGCAAAAUCAAGGAGUGAAUCAAGCUUAUCAAUGACUAAAGGUGAAAAACUGCAAGUUACCAAACACUCCUCACAUGAAGUUGAAACUAAAGAUCAUUCUCUGAUUUUCCAAAGUGAUAUCAUGAACAGAUAUCCUGAUUCAGAGACCCCUAAUGUUGUUAAAAAAAGUAAACAGAAACCUCAAAACCCAUGUGUAUCAGCUGAAGACCUAAGUAGUUUGGUGUGUUUAACACAAGAACAGCUUCAACAGAUUUUGAUGACUGUAAAAGAAGGAACUAGAAGUGUCUCUGAGACUUAUAAUGAAAAGCAUGAGGAAAUGGCUACUAAUGAGGCAUCAGAGGACAACAUAGUGUUGCUGCAAAAAGCUUGUGAAGUUUCAUCUGUUCCAGGUGAAGCGAACUCUGAUUUAAGCAAGAAACAAGAAGCAUAUCUGCAGCCAGAACAGAAAGUUAUAAAGGAUUCGUGGAAACCUGCUGACAUGUUUAGUACCUUGGGUGAAAGAGAAGGGGAGAAAGCCUUAUUAGAAUUUAGAAAGACCCAAUGGAAGAAGGAAUUAGAUGAACAGGUAGCACUGAAGAAGAAACUGAAAAAAACUUUGGAGGGAGAGGUGGGUUAUUUCUGGGCAAAACCUGGCGAUAAUGAAAACCAUAAAGAGAAAGUGGAAGCAGCUGACCCAGACAAGAUAGUGUUUCCAGCUGACUCAAUUAUUACCACUGAGGAAAACUGUGUCUGUACAACUGCUUUAACCACAGAGGGUAAUCAAGUCACACUGAAUGUUUCAAGUGCUCCAGCUGGGCAGUCUCCUGAUUUCAGAUCUUUUGACUUACCAGCUGUCAGCUGCACAGCAUUUGUUUCAGGGGAAGCUGUGCCGCAGGAACGACCUGUUAGUGCUUUGAAGCAUGAGCAACAGAAGAAGUGGCUUGAGGAGCUGGAUAAACAGAAGGAGGAAGCUAAGCUGCGAAAAAUAGAAGAAAAACUUAAUUUAUCAAAGGCUGAAGAGCAUGACAGAUGGGCAAUGCAUUUUGAUUCUUUAAAGGACCACCUUAAUGCUAAUGCACAACACCCCUUAAAUGGAAUGUACAAAAAGCAGCUUGAAAGUCUUUGCCCCUCACCUGACCCUAAGGAGCUGACUGCUUUUAUUCACCCUUUUUCACCUGCAGCUUUAGGCAACCUCAUGCCCUCAAAGGUGGGAUAUGCAGAAAAAGCUGCUAAAACCAGUGCUUUGGAACACAGUCAGAAAGUCAGUUUCCUCCGUUCAAUGACAGCUCUCCUGGACCCUGCGCAGAUUGAAGAGAGAAACAGGCAACGGCAGAAACAGAUAGAACAUCAGAAAGCAAUAAUGGCUCAAGUAGAAGAAAAACGAAAGAAGAAACAACUGGAGGAAGAGCAAAAAAAAUGGGAAGAACAAGAGGAAGAACAGCGCCUAGCACGAGAAAAAGAGCAAAUGCAGAAACAGUUUGAAGAAGACAUGCUGAAACAAAAACAAAAGGAGGAACUUGUGACUCUUAAAACAAAUGAGCUCUAUGGGACAAUGCAGAAAGCUCAAGAGUUAGCACAGAGGUUAAAACAAGAACAGCGCAUUCAAGACUUGGCUCAGAAGGGACAUGACAUUUCAAAACUUCAGAAGAAUCUUGGUGGUGAUGAUACAGAAUUUGAAAACUGUAAUACUGACAUUUCACAUCAAAGUCAUGGUUUUUCUGAUGACAUUAAGUGUCACACUGAUCCGGAGACUUCUCCUCGGAAAGACACUGCUGUACAGACAGAUGACUUCAGUACUUCAGCAUACACUGAGUCAGCUGAGGAAAGAAUUGUGUGUUGCAGAUCACCUGAUAUUUCCAUAGAAUAUAAAGAAACCUCUAGCAGCAAAAAAUGCCAGAAGGACAUGCAGUAUAUAGAUAAAAAUAAAACUUCAGCAAAAAUGAAUGGUGGCAUUUACAGUGAUCUAUAUGAACAAUAUGCAAGAAAAGAAAGACAAGUUAAGCCUUCCGAAAAAUACAGCAAAAGACCUGACUGGAACAUAAACAAGCCUGGGAAAAGAUACAUUCCAGCAUCAGAAAGAUACCCUAAACAGCUACAAAAACAAAGGGAAGAAAACAAAGUAAGACGACAAAUGGAGCUGCUUCAGUUGGUAGAAAGAAAUACCCCUGGGAAUCUCUGCCCAAAAAAGGGUGGUUAUUCAGACAGGUCUUCACCUCACGAAGAAAUAAAUAUUAAUAACAAGGGACACAGAGUCAGAAAGGAAGAACAGUUGCAUAAGAAUCAUUUGAAUGAAGAAAGAUCUGAAUCACCACCUGUUCCAGCAGUUAAGAACAGAUUACACCAAGUACAACAAAAACAGAUCCAUGCUUCUGAUUUCCUGGUACAUAACAAUAGUAGAAGAGAGAAAAGCAUGAAGACAGAUAAACAGCAGAGGAGCUCCCCUCCUCCCGUUACAGAAGCUGGAAGACCUCCCUCUUCACAAUUUAUUCCGUAUGUUCGAACAAAUGAAGUAUAUUAUCUUGAUCCAGAUGCACCACUGACUAGACCUUCAACACAUGACCCACAGUAUCAACAAUUUAAUGAUUCUUACCAAACGCCACGACAGAUUUUUAGCUCUGAUCAUGUUAGAGAUCCUCUUCUAAAUCCUGAUGUAGUUAAAAUCAGAGAGAGACAACAAGCAAUUCUCAAAGGAUUGUCAGAAUUACGCCAGGGCCUCCUGCAGAAGCAGAAGGAGUUGGAGACUGCUCUGAUUCCUGCUAUAGCUCACGAAGAGAAUUUUAUUUCACCAUAUUGA